AUACACGAGUGACGCAUUACGUUCGUUGGUGACGUCAUCGCGUAACAGCGUGCGCCCUUGCGUCGACGUCUUGUUAGCAUGCGGAUGCUAAACUCUUUUGUUUGGAAUUGAUCCUUCUUCUAAAUGAUAGUUUGAAACGAUAUACUGUCGACGGCACCAUGAGCACUCUCUGGAUGGGAAACCUGGACUCCUAUAUGGAUGAGAAGUUCAUCACCAGAGCCUUUUCCACCAUGGGAGAGCAGGCGGUCAGUGUUCGAAUUAUACGCAACAAGAUAACAGGCAGCGCUCUAGGCUAUUGUUUCGUGGAGAUGGCGGACGAGGCCACGGCUGAGAGGUGUCUUCGCAAAAUCAAUGGGAAAUCACUGCCUGGAGCCAGCCCGCCCACAAGAUUCAAGUUAAAUCGAGCCACCUUUGGAAAACAAGAGACUGGUCAGAUGUAUUCCUUGUUUGUGGGAGAUCUGACUCCAGAGGUGGAUGAUGGGAUGCUGUACGAGUUCUUCUACAAUCGCUAUCCUUCCUGUCGUGGAGGAAAAGUAGUGCUGGACAGCAUGGGAAACUCCAAGGGUUGCGGCUUUGUUCAAUUCCCAGACGAGCGGUUGCAGAAGCGGGCAUUGGACGAAUGUCAGGGAGCUGUGGGACUGGGAAGCAAACCGCUGCGCCUCAGCUUGGCGGCUAACAAUUUAAGGAACCGGCCCCCACAGACGGAGACCAAAACCUGGCCAUCAGGCACCUCCUACACGCCCACCUAUGACCAGUACAGCCAGUACCAGCAGCAGGCGUAUCCCAACUAUUACUCCUCCUGGGGCUACGACCAGACCGCAGCAGGGUACAACUACACCUAUCCGCAGUACGACUACUCGCAGUACGCCCAAGCACAGGAACCCGAAGUACCUGAAGAUGACGGACUUGAAGAUCCAUCUCCACAUCUGGAUGUGGUGGAAACCAACCACAGGUUCUUGGAGAACAGUGAAGAACUGUACGAUGCUCUGAUUGAGUGUCCUUGGAUAUCAGAGGCGUUCUCCUUGGAACAGGACCAAGUGGCGGCUAGCAUACCGGAACCGCUUUGCUACUAGUCCAUGAAGUUGAUUUCCUUCCGUCUGCUGGACUUUGGACAACAUGGAAACAGAAUGUUGGCGUUCAGGCGACACCGUGGGAGCAAGAAUGCUCACAAGGUGGCCCAAUAAAAACUGGUUAUGGCAGUUAAUUGGUUGAAUAUUAAUAAAUAGAAUAUGUUCAGAAUUUGAGCAUAGAAAAACAAUGUCAGUCAUGUAGACGUGAAAUAACAGAGACGCUAAGCUAACUAGUUAGCCUUUCAUUGAAUUAUUCCAAACCUAAAUGGCUUCAAAGUGGGGGGCUAAGAAGGACAAAGAACGGGACAACUUUUUUUGACCAUUCCGUGUCGGACUCCGCUUAGCCAACAGAAUAAGGGCGCCAUGUAGCAAAGGUUAGCUUUCAUUUGUACGCCGUUCAAAUCCUCCGCUUAUGGCGGCAAAUGUCCAUCAUCUCGUGUUCAUAUGAAACAUUUCCUCAAUCUUCUUGUCAAAUCACAUGACAGAUGUUUCUAUUUUGUGCUAGAAUAAACAACUGCAAGUGUU